AUGCUGGAAUCCGCCGCUGCAUCGCCUCUUAACAACAAGUAUUACGGCGAAGAAAACAUUUUUCGGCUUGCGGCGAUUCUCGCAUCAAGGAUGAUCAAAAAUCACGCAUUCCAAUACGGCAACAAGCGCGCUGCGCUGUAUUCUGCCGACAUGUUUCUUAAAAUCAACGGCCGUCGCGACUAA